AUGACCGGGACCUCGCUUCUCAGCUGCUGCCUGCUGCUUCUCUUUGGCUUCCAGCGCUCCACGGCCCACCCCGUCGACAGCCUCAGUCCCGCCAAAGAACUAGCCAGCAUGGAGGCGCUUCUGGAGAGGCUGGAGGAAAAAGUGGCCUUGAUGGAGGAUCUGCAGACGGAGGCGGACUUCGAGGAGCCCCAAGGCCAGCGGGAGGGCCAGGCGGAGGCCUCGGAGGACAGCAUCGACCUCCAGCUGGAAGCCCGGGCCGAGCCUGCCCCCCUCCCCUCCUACAGGAGCUCCUGGCUCAAGCACCUGAGGGGGCUGCAGGCCCCAAAGAGCCUGAGGGAGUCCGGCUGCUUCGGAAGGAGGCUGGACAGGAUCGGGUCCAUGAGCGGAAUGGGAUGUAAAGGUUUGCGGCAAGGCAGCCUCUGCAGGGAAGUCCGGGAGCAAAGAGAAGGACAGGGCUCCUUCCGUCUGCGGCACGGGGACGAGCGUUCUCAGAGUAUGCCCACAGAAUGGGUCGGGAAAACGUUCCAGGCGUAUCAUUCCAAAGCUUCGUUGGAAAAGGUCGACAGCUGCCUCAAAGAACAGACAGGGAGGCCCCGAGGACUGGGCAGCGAGGGCAGGAACCUCUACAUCGCCUUCGCUUUCCGGCCGGCCAUCGCCAGUCCGCUUUUGUGA